AUGGGAGUCGGAGGGGUGAUCCUCCGGUUUUUCAACCUUGGACUGCGUGUUUUGCAGUUCCUCGACGCUGCCGUCAUACUCGGCAUUUUCUCCUACUUCUUGGCUGUCUUGGCCAGGAAUGACCAACACAUUGAGACAUGGAUCAAGGCCGUUGAAGGUUUAGCAGGCGCAGCAACCGCCUACGGCCUGCUAGGCAUUAUUUUCACCUUCUGUUUGGGCGGUGUUGCCUUCUUUGCAUUCCUGGGCGUUGCCCUGGAUGUGUGCUUUAUCGGCGCAAUGGUCGCUAUCGCCAUCCUUACUCGCGAUGGUGUUGGCCAAUGUACCGGAACAGUCGACACACCAAUGGGUAAGGGCAACGCCGAGGAUGAGACUGCUUCCAAGGGCCUGAAAUUCAGCAUGGCCUGCAGACUGGAAAAGGUCGUCUUUGCAGUGUCGAUUAUCGGAAUCUUCUUCUUCCUGACCUCGAUCCUCUUCCAAAUCCUUCUCGCCCGCCACCAUAAGCGCGAGAAGCGUUUCGGUCCCUCCCCCAGCAACGGCUACACCAGCGGUAGCCGCAAGACAUUCUGGCGUCGUAACAAGAACAUCCCCGAGGGUGACGUCGGCGGUUCCGAUACCCUGCCCGGCCACCCAACCCCUCAUGACCUCGAGAUGGACGUUGAGCCCAAGACAGAGAAGACCUGGUUUAGUUCUUGGGGUAAAAACAAGCACGCCAAUAGUCCAGCUCCUGUCCCGGCUUCCGGUGCCUAUGGCUACGGCAACUCAGCGUAUACUGGCAAUAUCUAG